CUCUCCUCUCAAUCUUCAAAGCGGCGCCGCCAUUAUCUCUCGAUCAAACUUUGCCGGAUGAAUUAUAAUUUCUCAGCUUCAACCACCGUUUAUUUUAUCUCUCUUACAAAUUUCCACGCUAAAUUCCAUUCCCUUCGUUUCCUUUGAGCUUCAACUGAAUUGAGUAGCAAAAUGGGAUUGCUGUGCCGGUAUUAUAAGCAAAAAUAUCCUGAAGUGGAUGAUGUGGUAAUGGUGAACGUGCGUUCCAUUGCUGAAAUGGGGGCCUAUGUACAUUUAUUAGAAUAUAAUGACAUUGAAGGAAUGAUCCUGCUCAGUGAAUUAUCCCGACGACGUAUCCGAUCAAUUAAUAAACUUAUCCGUGUUGGCCGAAGUGAAUGUGUUGUUGUUAUUCGAGUUGACAAAAACAAAGGUUACAUUGAUUUGUCUAAAAGAAGAGUUUCCCCCGAAGAAGUAGAAAAAUGUGAAGAGAAAUAUGCUAAAGCUAAGACUGUUAACAGUAUUUUGAGACAUGUUGGAGAAAUUUUAGGCUACACAAAUGACGAACAGUUAGUUGAGCUCUACCAAAAGACUGCUUGGUACUUUGAUGAAAAGCUAAACAAGCCUGGAGCCUCAUACGAUGUCUUUAAGCAUGCUGUCACAACCCCUAGUAUUUUGGAUGAAUGUGACAUUGAAGACGAAACCAAAAGAGUCCUUAUUGAAAAUAUCCAGCGCCGGUUGACACCCCAAGCUGUGAAAAUACGAGCUGAUAUUGAAGUUGCCUGCUACAAAUACGAAGGAGUUGAUGCUGUAAAAGCAGCCCUCAAUAAAGGCCUGGAACUAUCAACAGAAGAAAUGCCAAUCAAAAUCAACUUAAUUGCUCCUCCCCUCUAUGUAAUGACCACCCAAACUCUAGAGAAGGCUGAUGGCCUGCGUGCUCUCACGAAUGCUACCAAUGUUGUGAAACAGGCCAUCGAGAAUAUGGGAGGGAUGUUUAACAUGCAAAUGGCUCCGAAAGUUGUGUCCGAUACUGAUGAACUUGAGCUGGCCAAACAUUUGGAACGCCUGGAAGAACAGAACCAAGAUGUGUCUGGGGAUGAGGAUUCUGACGAAUGUGGUGAUGGCAGCGGAGAUGAGAUUACAAAAGAAUAAACAACAAAACAGAAGAAGACCUCAAAAGACAAUUCAUUGGACAAAGAAUUUGACAUUUUGUUUUGCAAUCAUGGACAUACAACUGCCUUGUAUAUGCUCCAAGUCAAAUAAAAGAGAAGCUGGGAAUUUUUUCAAAACCUUUAAUGAUAAAAAUUUGCAAAAGUUCUUUCUUUCUCUUUCCCUCCUCGCGUCUGGUUUUGCUGAAUGAAA